AUUAGGAUUUUAUAACAAGYUGUAUGAGAGAAACAAGCCUCCAGGGUGAAAACAAAUAUAUUUUCAAAUAGAAAAAGUGAGAUCUAAUUACUAUUUAUUUUUGUUUUGAAACACGAUAUUGGGUCAGAAUGGAUCAGCAGUAACGUCUGACCUAAUCUGAAACAAAAAGAGAAGUAUGUCUUCUUAUUUUUGCUUUUCCUUUGAAGUGCAGUUCAAAGCAAAAGCUGGAMGUGUCUGCUGUCUGUCUGGGAUAUUCAGCAAUGGACUACGACUACAACAGCACAGAUGAAGAUGGGUACAUAGUCCAAUUUGCUUGUCAGGCUUUGGACUUUUCAACCAUUACUGGAGUCGUGUUCAUCAUAAUCUUCAUCGUCAGCAUCAUUGGCAAUGUCCUCCUCUUAUGCAUUCUCUUUACUUUUGAACAAUUCUACCUUGUCACAAAAAUCUUCAUCAUAAACCUUGCUUGUUCUGAUUUGAUCUUUGCUGCCUCGGUCCCCUUCUGGGCUGCCUACCACCUUCAUCACUGGAUCCUGGGGGACUUUCUGUGCAAAUUCUUCAUUUGGGUGCACUUCUCUGGUCUGUACAGUAGCAUCUUUGUACUAACGGCAAUGACAGUGGAUCGUUUUUGUACUGUGGUGCUGAACAACUGGCCAAACAACAAUCAGAGGAAGAAACGGUGUGCCAUCGGUGCCUGUGUGAUUAUCUGGGUGAUCAGYAUCGGUACAUCUGUGUAUGAUGCUUUCAAAAUGGAGGUUUCUGAUGAUUACUACUGUGAAGUUUCUUAUUCUGAUGAACUUGGAUAUUAUUUCCAAAUUCCUCUGCUUCUUUUUGUCCCAAUCGCCAUUAUUAUUUUCUGCAAUUGUGCCAUUAUAUAUGCUAUUUUACGGACAGCGAACAGAACAAGGCACAAAGCUCUAGGUAUAGUCUUUUGCAUUGUUGCAGUCUACAUCAUCUGCUGGGGACCCUACAAUAUUGUACUUCUUAUUAAGGACUGGUACACACCCGGAGACUGUAAAGAAAUGGAGCGGUUGGAUGUUGCCUACCAUAUCUGUCGAAUGCUUGCCUUCUCCCACUGCUGUAUGAAUCCUCUGCUUUGUAUGCUCACACAAAAGUUUCGAAGUCACCUGUUUUAUCUUUUACGCAACAGAGUCGGUAUUAACAGAGAAAGAGCCACUGAACAGAUCAUGUUGCAUGUUCAGAAUGCAAGUCCAGCUCGUGUUCUGGACUKACAUCAUGCUUAAGCUGCACAACAGAUAACAAUCGGUAAUCCAAAUACAUCAGCUUGAACAAGAGGAACUCUCCCUUUUUUUUAUUUUUAUUUAUAUGUGCACAAAUUAUAUUUAUGUGGUGCAUCUGAAAAUCAGAAGGACUAAUUGUGAUACACACAUAUAGAAUCUUAAAAGAUUGGACACUGAUUGGAUUGACUCACCUCGUUGAAGUGUAACUUUUCAAGCAUUUUUAAAAUAUAUAUAUUUUUGGCACCAAAUCUGUUUUUGCAUGUUGGGUCUGUGGAUCAGAAGUUUUUUUGUUUUGUUUUGUUUUUCAAAAUAACAAAAUGUAUUGUGAGGAUAAUGUUAGUCAGUUUUGUAUGUUCAACUUUGUUAUUUUCUUCUUUCU